CUCCCUUGAAGAUUUUCCCUCCCAUUUUUCUCUUUCCGCUUUCGAGCUAAGCCUUGCGUCUCGCUAAAAUUGAGCUCCGAAAAUGGGGAAAUACAUGAAGAAAUCGAAGAUUACGAGCGAUAUCGGCGCCACGGAGAUCACCGAGCCAACUUCUUUGGGUGUUCGCACCAGGGCCGCUAAAACCCUAGCCUUGAAGAGGCUUAACUCCUCCGCCUCUGAUUCCGCUUUAGCAGCCGACUCUUCUUGCUAUCUCCAGCUUCGUAGCCGCCGUCUCGAGAAACCACCGUCGCUAGCCGAACCGAAGCAGCCGCCGAGACCCCAUAAAUCGGGAAUUAAAGAGUCUGGUUCGAGUGCUCAAGUUGACUCGGUUAAUUCGAACACUGCCGCUUCGGGUUCGGUUCCUGUAGCUCGGAGCUGCAACGGAGAUGACUGUUUUGGCAACUCUGUGAGUGCAGAAGCUUUUUGUGGAGAGAACAGUCUCGAUUUUGAAUCAAGACACAGCACAAGGGAGAACACGCCUUGUAACGUUGUCGAGGAUCUGGAGAUCAUUGUUACACCAGGAUCUAGCACAAAGUCGAUGCGCACAGCAACCAAAGAUUACACAAGGGACCGAGAUAGCAUGGUCCCAACCACUAGUGAACUGGAGGAGUUCUUUGCCUAUGCAGAGCAGCAACAGCAGAGGCUAUUCAUGGAGAAGUACAACUUCGACAUUGUGCAUGAUAUGCCCCUCACUGGACGCUACGAGUGGGUACAAGUCAAUCCAUGAACUUCAAAGAAAGCAAGCUCCAACGAUAUGGUGUGAAGUAAGAAUGUGAUGAAUUAACAGACUAACCGAACAUCAAAAUCCUUAAGCAGGAGUGUAAUCUUAAUUAAUAAUGUGGUUCGAGAACAAGUCGGAAAGUAGUUUAGGGACCUUGAACCUCACACCAUUUGUACCAAUCUCUUUGAGGAUUUAGAUGCCUUAGUGAAUUUCUUUGCUCAUUUGUUUCUGUCAAGUCUUUUUUUUUUUCUCUCAUGUUUAUUCAAAGCAACGUGUAUGUGGUGAAU